AUGCCGCACCACAUCACCAACUGCGUCUUCGCACGUACGAGCCUGACAACCUGCGAUGUCUUUGUCAUGGCCCUUCCCUAUUUGGAUCCGAGGGCAGCGCUUUCCCCAGAAGAAUUCAUUGUAGCCGCAAGUCCAUGGUUCCUCGACGCAGAGACGGUUUGGUGGCGCAAGUUCCUCAUGGGCGCAGGGUAG